AUGGAAACUGAGAGAGUGAUCGAGAUUCUCGAGUAUGCAUACAAAAAUGCAUCCCUACAUGAAACACAGCGAUGGAUGGACUGGUGUGGUCAUUAUAUUAAACUCUAUGGAAAAGUUCUGAAAAAAGUAAAUCUUUCAGUGGGAGAAAAGAAUAAAGUCCAAGCCACAAUUGCAACAAUCGAAUAUUAUCUAGAGAAAUUUAGAUACAAGCAGCAUCGAGGAGGCAGACUAGAUCCAUUCCCACACAGUGUGAAGCUCACAGAACGAGUACGAUGGAAGGAUUUACAAUCUGUCUUUCAGGGGCGAAUUCGUACUGGUACCAUAGUGAAUCUCCAUCAUAAAGAUCCAUUGAAAUUCCUUAAGGAUGCAAAAAAACUGGCGACUGUGCGGUUAAAAAAUGUGCUUGAAAGUGCUGGAAAUAUGAAAGUGAAUUCUAUCUUAGCUUGUAAAUUUGAAGUGAAAAGAGAUGAGGAAUUAGUUCAAGAGACAAAGUUUUUCAGCACGAGAAAUGAAAUUAUUUUACCAGACACAGACAUUGGAGACUGGUUCGAAGUCAAUGUUAUAGAAUGUUUAUUGACAAAAAUUGAAGAUUUCCAAGAGCGAGAUUCCGGUUGGAAUCUAGUUGAGGUAAUUCAUCUAGUCAUCAAUAUGAAUCGGUAUAUACCAUUAGCUGCUGGCAUUUCAACCUAUACUGAGCUACCUCAUGAUAUACAGUGCAAGAAAGCUGUUGUCAAUCUAAAGAAUUCAGACGAAUUCUGUUUUUUAUGGUCGGUCAUAGCUGCUCUUCAUCCAGUCAAUACUAACAAGUGUGUGACGAGCUCCUAUCCACAUUAUUCAACCGCUAAAAUUCCAAAUACUAAUGUUAAAUUGGACUACAGAAAUCUUCAAUUUCCAAUUGCUCUAAAUGAUGUUGCAAAGUUUGAGAGCAAAAAUGGAUUAUCCAUCAAUGUAUAUGGAAUCGAAGGGGCAAGUGAUGAUGAAAAUAGCCAAAUCGUACCGUUUCAUCUCAGUUCUGUGAAGUCAGAGAGACCUACAAUUCAUCUACUUCUGUUUUGUUCAUCGAUUCACGUUGCAGGUGAUAUCCAGCCAAUCUAUCAUUUCGCAUGGAUUCGUGAUCUCUCUCGACUUGUGAGUGCUCAAAUUUCCAGUCAUGCACAUCGUACAUGGUUGUGCGAUCGUUGUUUAUGUCAUUUUCAAGAAAAAAGGAGUUAUGAAAGGCAUCAGCAGGAUUGUUUUGCUAUAAAUCAUUGUAAAACUGUGCUACCAAGGGAAGGUGAAAAUCUGCUGAGCUUUAAGAAUUAUAAAUACAAAGAGACUGUACCAUUUGUCAUUUAUGCUGAUCUGGAAUGUAUUCUAGAGUCAAUAAAUGGGGAUGAUAAUGGAAAUGAAGAUGGAAUGUUACGUCAAAAACACAUUCCUCACAGUGUAGCCUUUUAUCUAAAGUGCUCUUUUAAUGAUGAUCUGUCUAAAUUUAAACUCAAACGAGAUCCUCAGUGUAUCAAGUGGCUCGUAGAGGAAUUACAGGAUAUUGGCUUGAUGGUGAACGAUUACUUGAGAACAGUGAUCCCGAUGGAAAAACUGAGUAUUGAAAGAAAGCAAGAGUUUCAAAGUGCAGAAGUGUGUCAUAUUUGUGAAAAGUCGUUCAUAAGUACAGAUGUCAAGCAUCGAGAUCAUUGUCAUUUUACUGGCAGUUAUCAUGGUGCCGCUCAUGCUGGAUGUAACUUAAAUUAUAAAAAUUCACAUGAUAUACCAGUUAUAUUUCAUAAUCUCUCUGGUUAUGAUGCACAUUUCCUGAUAAAAGACCUAGCGAGAGAUUUCAGUGGAGCUAUUGAGUUACUCCCAAUAAAUAAAGAAAAGUACAUUUCCUUCAGAAAGCAUAUUCCGGGAACGAAAGUUUAUUUGAGAUUCAUUGACUCUUUCCGAUUCAUGGCUAGUAGUUUAGAAAAAUUAGCAUCCUAUUUAUCUGAUAGUGAUAAACAGAUCACGCGUCGAUACUAUAAUAAUGAUGAAGAAAAAUUUAGUUUGUUGAUGAGGAAAGGAGUCUUCCCCUAUGAAUAUGUAAAUAGUUGGGAAAGGUUAGAAGAAUUGAAUUUACCAGAAAAAGAUUAUUUUCAUUCCACACUUAAAAAUCAAGGGAUUUCUGAUGAAGAUUAUGCUCAUCAGGUCUGGAUGACAUUCAAACUUUCAACGUUAGGUGAAUAUUCAGAUUUAUAUUUGCAAACCGAUGUUUUACUCUUGGUUGAUAUUUUCGAGAAUUUCAGAAAAAGUUGUACCUCUGUUUACCAGUUAGAUCCUCUACAUUAUUACACUGCACCAGGUUUAGCUUUCGAUGCAAUGUUGAAGUGUACUAAUGUAGAAAUAGAACUAUUUACUGAUGUGGAAAAACUCUUAUUCAUCGAGAAGGGUAUACGAGGGGGUGUAGCUCAGUGUGUGAAUCGAUAUGCUCAUGCUAAUAAUCGAUAUAUGGAUAAUUUUGAGGCAGAUAAACCGGAAUCGUAUUUAAUGUAUUACGAUGUGAAUAAUCUGUAUGGUGCGGCAAUGAGUCGACAUCUGCCAUAUGGAUCCUUUGAGUGGGUUGAUCUUAACGAAGAAUUUGACGUUCUUAAAAUUUCUGAUGAUUCUCCAAUAGGAUAUUUCUUGGAAGUAGAUUUAUCAUAUCCUAGAGAGCUUUAUUAUUUGCACAGUGAUUUACCUUUAUGUCCAGAACAUUUUGUACCACCCAAUCGAAAAAACUCAAAAUUAAUGACAACUCUUUAUGAUAAGAAAAA